UGAGGGGCUUAUGUAUCGUACGUGGAUCUCUGCUCUUUUUGCACAAGUGCUGAUGGCAGCCCUCAACCACAUGUGUGCUGGUACUGUUACGUCAUACUUUUAGAGAGCUUUAGUAGGUCGUGUGCCUUCGACACCAGUACAUCACAUGUAAACGCUGUCAUAUAACCUGUUGCGGAACUCUAGAGCGUCAAGGGUUACGCUGUGUGAACCCAGCUAUGGCCAAAUCACUUUGAAGUUAAUCGUUACAGUAUAACUACGCCAACCUGGCUCAUACGUAUCACUAAACCUGACUCUCGGCCAUGUCCAGUUAGUGAUUUGGUUAAUUCCAAGCCCAUCCUGGGCUCUAUCCAGAAAACUACAUAGUCCUUGGCGUUGCGUGCAUCGUCUGGCUCUUGCAAGAUCCUUCCGGGCAAUCUAUGAGUCAAGGCUAGUAUAGCUUCGAGUGGCAAGGCAGACUGGUUGGAGGUUUUCAUGGGCCUCUUGGCAUUCUUCAUUCCACCAACUCUUGCGGCAGGGACGUGUCCCAGAGACUCUGUGUCCUGCUGUCUUGAGGGCAUUCUCCAUCAUUGCUACCAGAGAGACUGCAAGUUCUUCCACUUCGCUGAUACAUGAGGCCAUUUUCCUUUGGUCAAUGGGCAAGAGACAUUGCGUCGAAUCCCGACGGACCUCACCUGUCUGUCGAGGAGGCGCUUGCUCAAUUAAAUGCAACUAGGGCCAACACGCUGUCGUCCCCCCGAAACGACCCCUACAUGUGUGGCAAUGUUCCCAACUUACCAGCUUAUGGCCCAGACGCUGUAGAGUGCAUUAACUACCUUGCUGGGUUAGGUAAUACUCUCUGCGAAGUGCAUGGUUUUUCUCUUUUCUGUAAACGCCCACACGCGGAAAUUGUAGGAGUUACUGGAAACGCCGGCUACGAUUUUAGUACUUGCCAGCAUGUAGCUCAAUUUGCGGGUGGUAUUAUGGAUCGCUGUUAUCAUGACGACCAUGUCCAAGGCCUUGCCUAUGUUACCGACAAUAUGGCAAUUACUAUUGAUGGUGUUCAAUCAUAACUACUAUUUUUUUUAUUGAGAACUAUCUAGUGCCCUUAUAGAUACUAGUAGGGUGGUAAAGGUCUCUAUUUACUCUAGCUAAGUUAGACUACUCUAAAGAAUCCUAAAAAGAUAAAUAAAGCAGGUGUAAAAGAAGGGAAGAAGCUGCAAAGGCUAUGGGCUAGUCUAAGUUGAAGGCUUGAUAGUAAGUAAUAUGUAGUCUUGGUAGACUAAAUGACAGUGGAAGGACGAUGACAAGCCAGGUUUGCCCGAUUUAGCAUAUACCAACAACACCAUUGUGAGAGACUUAUAGAGAAGAACUCUCACCGGUUCGUUUUUUUUAAUUGCAGAUAGUCUACUUAACUACUUUAGCUAUCUAUCCUCGAUCCUUUUAUUCUAUCUACCCUGGAUAUAUUUAAUGAUCCACCAUCUAGCCACACCUAGCGCUUUUGGUGUCGUAAUUGUGGUUUGUUACAACUUGGUGGUGAUUCUAGGGUAAUAUCCAGUUCAACUUGAGCCGGUAUACGCAUAUGGAG